AUGUUAGUAACAACAGUAACAAUAAUCCAUCCGAAGGUGUCUGAUGUAAUUGUUGAUGGUGGUAGAAGUACAACAAAUAAUAACAACAAUGAAGAUGAUGGAGGAUCUAUAGUGAGUGUAGUUGCUGCUGCUGUUGAUACCAAUUCUUCUUCUUCGCCAACAAUAACUACAACAAUACCAAAUGAUACCAUUAUUGCUACUGGUGGAUUUGGAGUAAAAUCACCAGAACAAGGUGGUGCUUCAUUGAUAACCGUACCACCACUGUCAUUGGCAGGUAGUGCGAGGAUUGCUUCACCUUCUGCAUCAUCCUCGGGUAGUACUGCCACUUCUCACUUGAAUAUUACAACAACAAGUGCCCGUGUACCAAAUCCCUAUGAUCUUUUCAAUUCCACACAAACAUCAGCAAAUGUUGUUAUAGCAACCUCAUCAUCACCAUCUUUAAACAGUGGAAUUAAUAGCAACUCUGAUUUGGCUAUUAGUUUCUUUAUUCCCUCCUCUCCUUCUCAUAAUAACAAUCAACAACAACAAUUGACUGAUUCAUCACGGGAUUCCUUCUCCUUCUCUCCACAAUUAAUUGGUAGUAGCAGCAGUACCAGUAAUAGACGACAAAAACAAUUCCAGCAACAACAACAACAAUCAAUGUAA